CCAAGGCACACUGUGUGGCUUCACAAUAGAUGGGGUGAUCCAUCACCCUGCGUCGCCCGAGCUCACUCAGCUGAAAACCUUGAUACCCACAAGUUUUUUGUAUCAGGCUAAUCAUUAGUUGGCAAAGUCUCACCUCUAAACACUGAACUACUUGACAUCUGCACAUAGCCACUUUGCCAAAUAGGCAGCAAGAUAAACAUGCUAGAAGGCGAUAUACACUACCGAUAUGGUCAGCUGGAAGAUAGCGAGGCCAUUGCGUCACUGGGCGCCCAUGUCUUCACUAUUUCAUUCGCACAGCUCCUGCCAGUAAAGGACUUACAAAAGUAUCUCCUCGAGUCCUACUCAACGUCAAGCAUAGCCGCCAAGCUGAAGCAUCCCUCAACUACUUUUGUGGUGGCAAUUUAUGAUGAUACCCUGGUCGGCUUCAUGCAACUGACUCAGGGCACGUCCGAGGCUUGCAUCGAUGAUGUCAAAAGUAAGAUUCAAUUACAACGUCUAUAUGUCAGUGAAAAGUGCCAGGGGCUGGGAAUUGGGAUGCGGUUGAUGGAGAAAGCGGAGAUUGAGGCGCAUAAAAUGGGAAUCAAGAAUAUCUGGCUGGCCUCUUGGGAGUCAAACCCGAAAGCGGAGCGCAUCUACGAGAAGGCAGGGUUCGUGAAGGUUGGGAGUAUGAAGUUUAUGCUGGGGGACGCUGAGCUUAAGGAUUGGGUCAUGAUUAAGGCGCUCUAGAGGAAUAAGAGAGAAUGUUACUAUAAUUUACUUACAGCUAGUGUUUUUAGCUCUGUCCUGGCAAUGCAUUUGCCGGCGAACAGAUAACAGGCGAAUGUGGAGAAUGCUGUGACGAGAGGUUGUUUGUCUGAAAGAGGCAUAGCAAUAAUGCAACUGAAUUGGGUUUAUCUCCGCUUGAACAAGCCUAUAGGUUUCCAGCUUGAACCUUUUGUUCCAUCAUGUUCCCAUUCUCUAGCCAGCAGCCAUGGCGCGUUCAACGAACCCUGUGGCGAACCCUCGAGCCAUUGUCUCCAGCUCCGACUAUCGUUUUACC